CGGCGACACUCGUCCACGCGGUCACAACAGAUGGAUGACGAACACUUUUACGCAAGAACAACUCAAGAAUAGCCGAAUUUUAUAAAGACAAAAGUAGUGACGAUUGACUUUUUGUAAUUAAUCACACGGUGUCUGUCUCCCAGUCCUCCCGGUGUCUGAUUUGGGUGUGUAUAUAAAGUCACAGGACCCGCUCGUAAUUUCUUCAAAGUUGGAAUUGGACAAGCGCGGUUACCAAAGUUGGCAGCGGGUUGUUGUACAGCGACUAGCAACGCGGGGACAAACACCGAAGAGCAGCCUGUUGAGGGAUGGACGCUAACAGUCUGGUUGUGUUCACGACAGUCAUACUUUGCCUCAACUAUGGCCACUCAACAGCCAAACAACAGUCUGAACAGACAGUCGGGGUUGUGAUAAACAAGCUAGAGCAACUGCUGCGAGAUGUGUCCAGUCUCAGACAAUCAGUGGACCAGCUGGACUCUGAUAUCCAGACUUCCUUACCAACAGACGACUGUUCCCUUGGAGUGGACAAGAACUGCCACGCUAUGUACAUCCUCAGUCAGAUGUGGCUCAAGAAUCAUUUGUCCAAUCCCUACAGGUCACCAGGCAAGCGGUCAGUGAGGGAUACAUCCAGCGUGCUGGGUCACACAAGGACAGCAAGGUCCGUUGAAGAUCUGUACCGAAAAAGAUACAUGCUCCGGUCGCUAAGGGCCAUUCUGUCCAACACAGAGAAGAUGAUUAAAGCUGAGAGGAAGAGAUCGUGCAACUUGAACCUAGGGUUCCACUGCCAGACCGACGAAUACUCCUCCAUAGCUGAUCUGUACGACUUCCUCUCCAGCGACAUGAGCCCGGGCAAGAGGAAGAGGACAGUGGACGACUCUCUCAACACAUCGUGAAAUGUCGACAGAGGGUUUGGUACAGGCAAGCAGGGGAGGAAGCAGAGCAACUUCACAGACCAAUACCUGUCACGUGACGCAUUUUGUACAGAUAAAAACAGGUUGUUUCACAUUUCGACACGUAUGUAAUCCAAUUUUGAAAUAAACUGAACUGGAAGUGGAAGAAA